AUGGCACGUGGAAGAUAUGAACAUCUUGCACCGCCAUCGAAGGUGGCUGAAGUAAAUCGUCUUCGUUUCUUUGGUCAUAUAUUAAGGAGAUCUGCAGAUCGCCUUGUUCAACGAGUCCUGAGGAGUUUGUCGUAUUCGAGCUGGAAGAAGCCACCGAAAACGGAAGUUUUGGACAUUGGUGGUGAAAGAGGACCUGAGGACACCCAGUGUGGAUAG